AUGGAACAACUGUAUCAUUCUGAAUGUACAACAAGUUUGCAAAAUUUAGCAAACAAUUACUCGCGGGAAGAUAAAGGGAAACAAAGUUGUGUUUUACUCUCGAGUGGCGCAUUUAAUCCAAUUUGUAAAAUUCACAUUGCAAAUUUGAUACAAGCCAGACGAUAUCUUGAACGUGAUUUUAACGUAUUAGCUGGAUUUUUAUCUCCAUCGCAUGACGAUUGGGUAAAACAUAAAACAGCGAAUAAGGAUUGGAUUAACUGUACAAAUCGAAUUAAUUUAUGUGAAUUAGCCAUUCGUGAUGCAAAAGUAGAAAAAUGGAUUAGUGUUGAUAAAGCUGAAUACAAUGCUGAUUAUUUUAUUGAUUUUCCUCAAUUAUGUCACAGUUUGUUUUUGUACAUAAAUCGUUCGAGAAUGGUAAGUGGAAGUAAGUUAAUACGUGUGAUCUACGUAUGUGGUUUUAAUCUUUAUGAUGAUUGUCAAACUUCGAUACAAACACUACUCUCACCUGAAUUGAAUGUGGCUGUUAUGCAAGGUGAAGAAACUGUCACGCAGUAUUCGAAACAAGAUUAUCUAUGGUUUUUCGGUAUGGAUUACAGGCAAUAUUCAGAAGUGACAGAAUUUUCUCAAAUAAGAGAACGACUAGAACAGAAAAAAGCAUGUGACAAAAUUACAUAUCCAUCGGUUAUCGAUUACAUCAAAACAUUCUGUAUUUGCAUCUGA